AUGCAAAAUAUCAACAUUUUAUUUGCAUUUAAUUAAACUGUUUGCGAAACGCGGCGUUCAUCUGACGGUAGUCUCAUAAAUCCUACGACCAAUAGCAUAACGCCAGCUGGACAUUGACGCAUUCUUUCUAUGCGGACUAGGUUCCCAAACGCGGUCUUUGAACGCUCCUCCACUUCUCUUUUUAGAGUUACCGUCACAUAAAUUCUCCGGAAUUUCAUUUCAGCGUUCUCAUUUGUCUGAGAUCGAUCGAUCCGGUGGUCGGUCGGUCGAUCGUUUCAAUCCAAGGUGUUUGAUUUUUUCUAGUUUGAAGAUGGCAAGUGGAUUUGGGGAGUCGAUGAGCAGGCCACCCCAAUGCCCUUCUUGCUCGAGCAACAAUGGUCAUAACAACAAUAAUGAUGCUGGUAAUUUUGAAUGCAAUAUUUGUUUUGAUUUAGCUCAAGACCCAAUUGUAACUCUGUGCGGUCACCUCUUCUGCUGGCCUUGCCUUUACAAGUGGCUCCACAUUCAUUCCCGGUCCCGGGAAUGCCCGGUUUGUAAGGCUCUUGUCGAAGAGGAGAAGUUGGUUCCUCUAUAUGGCCGGGGAAAGACUUCAACAGAUCCUAGAUCGAAGUCGAUCCCUGGCAUUAACAUUCCAAAUCGUCCACCAGGGCAGAGACCUGAAACAGCUCCUCCUCCGGAUGCAAAUCAUUUUCCCCAAAAUGGGUUUGGAUUCAUGGGUGGUCUGGGAGGUUUUGCACCAAUGGCAACUGCAAGGUUUGGGAAUCUAACACUGUCUGCAGCUUUUGGUGGUCUUAUUCCAUCAUUGUUCAACCUUCAAGUUCAUGGAUUUCCAGAUGCUACUAUGUAUGGAGCUGCUGCUGGUUUUCCCUAUGGGUUUUCUAAUACAUUUCAUGGCAGCCAUGCACAUGGGUUCCAUCAACACACAACUCAUGGGCAGCAAUCAGAUUACUCUCUGAAGAUGCUGCUUUUGAUUGUUGGUGUGGGUGUGAUCAUUGCUCUACUUUGGCAAUAGUCUAAAUUUGCAAUUUAGAGCUCAAAUUUCUAACGAAUGCCUAGGUUUAUCAAUGUCAUGUUACUGUAAAUCUGUUACUGCAUUUCAUGUUUACUUUUUCAUUUCCGUGUUUUUGCAUUAGGAAAUUGUCCAUAUGAUGCUGUGCGAAUACUUUUGUAUCUUUUUUUUUUUUGCCUCUCAUAAGCAUGUGGAAUGCAAAUUGAAUGGUUUCAGGAAUUUAUUGAAA